UUAUCACACCAUCUUCUUAAAGGAUAACAAUUUCACAGUUGUUGCUUCUCCCACUCAAAGUUUCUCUCUUUCGACCAUGGCAGCCGCUGCUUCGGCUUCUUCUCUCUCUAAUUUCUCAACCCUUUACAUUCGCAGCCAUCGUUUCUCUUCGCUCACUUACCCUCCUCCUUCCUCAAUUUCCAACACUCCCGUCUUCAAACUGUCACAUAUCUCCCUCUUUACUCCUUCAAAACCUAACAAACUCGUCCCAAUUCAAUCCAAAUCAUCCGAAGAAGCUGAGACCAUAUACUUCGAAGAUCUACUAGACCCAGAAGGCGAUUUCACAUUCGAUCCUCCAGAGAAACCGGAAGGUUUCAUUUCGCCCACUUCAUUCGACGAAGGGCCAGUCGAAACGGAAGAACAAAUAGCCGCAGCGUACGAGGAACUUUAUGGACCUGCUUACAGCGGAGAAUCGUUCCUGGGUAAUGAUGUAUAUGUGAUGGAUUCCAAGAUUAAGAAAAUGAAUGCAUUUGGAAAGAUAAAGAAAGAGAAAGUUAGAGAUGGGUUUGAUGAGAGAGUUGUUCAGGUUAGAAGGGUUACUAAAGUGGUGAAGGGAGGUAAACAGAUGCAUUUUAGAGCCAUUGUUGUGGUCGGUGACAAGCAGGGUCACGUCGGUGUCGGAGUUGGUAAAGCUAAGGAGGUAAUUGACGCUGUUCAGAAAUCGGCUAGAGAUGCACGUCGGCAUAUUGUUGAUGUGCCGUUGACCAAGUAUCUUACUUUCCCCCACAGAUCUGAAGGUGACUAUGGUGCAGCAAAAGUGAUGCUUAGACCGGCAUCCCCUGGUACAGGAAUUAUUGCUGGAGGGACAGUGAGAGUGGUUCUUGAAUUGGCCGGAGUUGAGAAUGCUUUGGGGAAGCAGCUUGGAAGUAACAAUGCACUUAACAAUGCUAGAGCAGCCAUUGUAGCUGUUCAGAAGAUGAAACAGUUCAGAGAAGUUGCUGCUGAAAGAGGGAUUCCCAUGGAAGAACUCUGGAAAUGAAUGAAUUGUUAAAAAAAAAAAAACUUUUGUUUUUGUAGAGUUCAACUCAUUCAUGUAAAACCCACUUCUGUCAUUUUUAUGUUAAAUCUUUGAAGAAGGAAUUUCAAUCUACCUUUCGACUAUAAUUUCCCAUUUCAUUGAUC